AUGUCUCAGUCUAAUGUCCCAUGGACGAACGCUGCUAUUGAUCCCUGCCUCCCCUCUAUCGAACAAGAGACGUACUCUCAAGAGCAGCUUGAGGAAGCUUUCGCGCAAGCUACCUCCCCAGAGCCUGUCUUCACUCCAGUGUUCAGCGACGAUCUCGAUAAUUUCGACUUCUCCAUCGACAAUACCACACACUCCCAUGCCACAUCAGCAGAUCCAUCUGCCAGCUCAACACCAGACUUCUCCAGCUACACCUUCAACCAGACGCCCUCCGCCUACCCAACCGUCCCAAACACCCCUCAACCCUACCCCAUCAUCCAUCAGGGGACCCAACCCACCUUCCACCACCGCCCCCUCCCCUUCCGCGCACAAACAAACUCGCCCCUCGCCCUCCCCUCCCACUCCCGGCAAGGCUACGACCGCCGCCGCUCCCUCAGCCACGGCGACAUCGACCGCAUCACCGCUCCACCCCACCCAACAUUCAUCCGCCUGCAAGGCGCCCAAGCCCCACGCAUAGUCUCCUACGCCUCCGGCGACAACACACGACCAGACGCGUACAUACGCCAUGGCAGGAGCGCCAGCCAGGGCCCCAGCCACCACGGGCGCCCCCUGAAAAACGCCAUUCCUUACUCCCUACCGGGAAGUCCGCUCGUCGGCGCAACGCAUAUCGGCACGCCGCUCGAGCAGAUGCAUGAGGGAUAUGGGAGUCGGAAGAGAGUCCGGCCGGUGUGGAAUGGCACGAAUCCUACCCAUGACGUGCCGUAUCUCACGCGCGUGACUGAUCCAGCGAGAUUGCGGCGCAGCAGACAUAUCAUCGAGGUUGGAGCGAUGGCGGUGCGGAAAUAUGCGGGUGGUGAUGCGAAGCUGGAGCGGUGGACGGCGCUUGAGCGCGUUGUGAAGGAAGUGGGGGAUGUGGAGGAGUAUUUGAAGCGGGAAGGGGGGGAUAAUGCGGAUGCGUUGAAGGGGUGUGAGAUUAUUCGCCAGGCGUUGGAGAGGAUGGAUAGGGAGGAAAGCACUGCUAGCGGUGAUGCAGUGGUGGAUGCAGAUGUGCCGAGUAAGAUGAUGGACACGGAAGAUGGGGAUAUCUUUGGUGGAUGUCUCGGUGAAGAUGGCAUUAUGGGCUUGUUGAUGAGGGAGGACGAGGUGCUUGGUGGGGAUCAGGAAGAUGUCUGA